AUGCAGCUUCGCAAUGCUGAAGACCAAGAAAGGGAGCAAAAUGGCCCAGCUGAGUCUUCAUAUAAAGUUAAUGAGCAGCCCCUUAGAACAGCAAGCAAAAUUUGCAUCAUCACCAUUGGGGCUGGUGCCAGCGGGCUGAAUGUGAUCCGGACUUUGCGCAAGCACCUCACAAACUAUGAGCACGUCAUCUACGAGAAAACCCCCAAAGUUGGCGGGACGUGGUACGAGAAUCGAUACCCAGGCUGCAAAUGUGACAUUCAAUCGCAUAACUACCAAUUUUCGUGGAAGCCAAACCGAGAAUGGAGCAGUUCCUUCUCCCCCGCGGAAGAAAUUGAAACAUACCUCUGUCACCUAUAUGCGGAAGAGGAUAUGCAAAAUCAUGUUACGCUUGAGCAUGAAGUUGUGGGCGCAUACUGGAAAGAAAAUUCUGGACAUUGGAAGGUCAAAAUCAAAAUUCUGAAAACUGGUAACAGUUUCGAGUAUCAUUGCGAAUUCGUUCUUAAUGCGAGCGGAGUUCCAAAGGGAGUGAAUCUUCAAUUUACCCUUGUCUGGCCAGAUUAUGGUGCACUAGUCGAAGAUAGCAAGGCUGAUAUGGGUGAUCACGCAAGUCAUUGGCAAUGGCCAGAGAUCUCAGGCCUCCAUGAGUUCUCUGGGACUCUAGUUCAUAGUGCCAACUGGACUGAAGGAUUUGAUUGA